AUGGAAAAUAUUACAAUAAAUGGCGAAUUCGUUAUUAAACAAUUACUUCAUUGCGAAGAGAAUAUCGAUAGUCGUAUUGUCAGUGCUUCAAAAUUAGCGCCUGUGCCAGAAAUAAAACAGGAUGAGUGUACUGAAAGUAUUACAACAGCAAUGAUUGUUUUUAUAAAAGAAAUUUUUUUGCAUAAAACAAUUUUUUAUAUUAAUAAUUUGUCGGCAAUAAAUUUGGAUGAAGCAACAUCUAAAACUUCUGGUGAAUAUUUAACUCGUUAUUUUAAUGCGCCACUCUUUCGCGCCUCUUCUAAUUUUUGAUAUUGCUGUUGGAACUAUGUUAGCAAGACAAGGAGGGGCUCAAAAAGUUAUUUGUUUGCCUGGCUAUAUUCUUUUUCCUGAAGAAUUUGAGGUAGUAUUUUUACAGAGAAUCAGGCCCGUAGCCAGGGGGGG